CACGAGAUGUCCAAGCCGCAGGGCCUCGCCACGCGCCUCAAGGCCAAAGACGAUGCCAAGAAGCGGAAGGGGACGCUGGUCAAGACGGCGGUCUUUGGGAUUCCAAUGGCGAUCGUGAUCUUGGCGAUCUUCAUGGCCUUCUUCUCCGAUGCCAUUGAGUUCAAUGCCAGCGACAGUCUCCGAACGCCAUCCGGGUGGAUGAAGGACGUGGCGACGACCAAGCGGCGCGGCGACUCGUACUACUCGGCCGAGCAGUACGACGUUGCGAUCGAGUACUACAAGGCGGCGCUGCGCAGCGUGCGCACACACGAUGCGGAAAAGGUCACCACGAAGGACGAGACGAAGCUCAUGCGCGCCUACUUGUCCAACAGCCUUGCGCUGAGCUACGGCCACCUCGGCAACUCGACGCAAGCCGACUCCUGGUACGAGAAAGGGCUCAGCGUCGACGGUGAGCAUUUGGAGCUACUGUACAACUACGCCAACCACUGCGCCGAAGCAAAGCGCUGGCUCCACGCGGAGAAGCACUACCGCAAGGCCAUUGCGCUCAAACCCGACUUUGACUUGGCCAUGAUGGGCCUUGCGUACGUCUUGCAGCAGCACGAAGCAUGGGACGAAGCGCGCACGCUGCUCUUCACUGCUUGGGAGAUCGCCAAGGACAAGGACGCGGCGGCGCAGCUCGGGUGGCUGUACAUGGGCGAGCAAAACGCCGACCGCGCGCUCGAGUGGCUCACGAUCGCCGCCGACUUGGGCCACGUUGGCGCGCGGCGACAGCGCGACGAGCUCCUCCACGUGUGGCAGAAGACGCGCGAGAGCAUGCACAAGGCGAGCGACCAAGGCGACACGAUCGAGCUCGGCAUGAGCCAGUAGUCGUGCAAGAAGGGUCCCCGAAACCUUGCGAUUUUACUUGAUUAAGAAAUGACAUUCGGACCAUUGCAUUCUGA